UGUAACGCUGAACGACAACGUUUUGGUCAAAUUCCCAAAUUCCGAAACUACGACGUUUAGUCGAGCUUAAACCCAACAAGUCAAGGGAAAGUCAAGGGUUUUAGUCGUUGACCAUUUUGGUUUCUCUUUCAGCCAUGUUUGGGUCGAGAGCUCUGUUCUGCAGCAGAAUCUGGAAUCAUUCUCUGUUUCUGAAACGUUCUGGAAACUUCCGAGCUAGUUUCUCGUCGAAUUCCGCGCAGAAACGGGUUGGGACGCAUAAUGGAACUUUCCACUGCGACGAAACCUUAGCUUGCUUCAUGCUUCGUCUCUCCAGCAGAUUCUCCGAUGCCCAAAUCGUCCGGACUAGAGAUCAUCAGGUUUUGGAGAAGCUUGAUGCGGCUCUUGAUGUUGGAGGAGUGUAUGAUCCUAAGAGUGAACGUUAUGACCAUCACCAGAAAGGAUUCACCGAACACUAUGGAUUGGAGAUAAUUGCUAAGGAGCUUCAACUUGAUCAGAGGCAUCCCGAUGUGCAUCGAUUGUUUCUAGCUGUGUACAAAAACUUCAUUGAGGCAGUAGAUGCUAUAGACAACGGCAUCCAUCAAUAUGAUACUGAUAAGCCUGCACGAUAUGUAAACAAUACGAGCUUGUCAUAUAGGAUUGCAAGGUUGAACUUAGACUGGAUUGAACCUGAUCAGUCUAGUAGCAAAGAAGAUGAAGCCUUUCAUCGGGCGAUGGAACUUGCUGGCUCCGAGUUCUUGGAGUGUGUUCAUUUUCACGCGAAAUCGUGGUUACCAGCUCGGUCGAUUGUUAUGGAGUGUCUUGCAGAACGACAUGAUAUAGACUCAAGUGGAGAAAUCAUGAAGCUCAGUAAACAAUGCCCAUGGAAACUCCAUAUAUUCGAGCUAGAGGAAGAAAUGAAGAUCGAUCCUCCCGUAAAAUAUGUUCUUUACCAGGAUGAUAGAAGCGAUAACUGGAGAAUUCAAGCGGUUUCGGUUUCACCAGAGAGGUUUGAGAGCCGUAAAGCUUUGCCAAUUUCAUGGAGAGGUCUAGAAAAUGAGAAGCUCUCAGAGGAAAGCUCGAUUCCGGGAUGUGUUUUUGUGCACAUGAGUGGUUUCAUUGGUGCAAACCGGACCUAUGAAGGGUCCUUGGCAAUGGCAAGAGCCUCUCUGCUUGCUUAGUUCGAUGCAUAACCAGAAAAUUGGUUCUUUGGUUUUAACUGGUUCAUCUAGCUAUACUUGGCUAAAACCUUUUGGUUAUGUGUUUCGAAUGUCACCAAGACCAAGUCAUGGCUUUAGAGAGAAUACAUAGAGAUGGCUGAGUGAGUAAGUAUCGUAAACAAUUAAAAUUUGAAAAGGUAAUGAUUUUUACUCUCUUUUGUCUAGAUUGAGAUUUUAAUUUGUAACGCCAAAAAUAUAUCCCACCUCAAAGCAUCUAUCUAGUUCAUAAAUAAUGUGAUCAUCCUUUUUAUAUAUACAAAAUAAAUACAAUUUUUUAUAUAUCCU